AUGAAUGUGAGGAAGGUGGAGGACCCUGGCAAGUUUAACUUCACACCGCGUCUGUUCCAGCUCAGUAGUUCUUCGGGUGAGUUUGUGGCACAGGAGUUUUUCAACCCGUCCAGAGCUGCAGACCUUGUUUGUUCCCUGCCGUUCCUGCAGGAGGAUCUGUACUCUGCCCCUCAGCCAGCUCUGUUCCUGGUGGAUAACUAUCAUGAAGCUUACCUGUGGCAGGGCUGGUGGCCGCAGGAUACUGAGAGUACCGGUUCUGCCCUCAUCCGCUGGAACUCAGACAGGAAGUGCGCUAUGGAAACUGUGUUGCAGUACUGCAGAGAAAAGAAUGAGAAGAAGCCUCAGAAGUUGAUUCAUAAAAUAUUUUAG